UUGAGGCGCGGAUCCCUGCCGGGUUGUUGUUGUUGUUUUUUCUUUUCAAUCUCGUUUGUUUUUAAAAAAAAAAAUUCUCCUUUUUUUUUUGUAAACACAAGCCGUUCUUCUUUGCACCGGAGUGAAUGCAGCGGGGCGCUCCGCACGGAGCUUUGCAUUUAGAUCUGUCUUUUUUCUGGCUGCCUCUGUCUUGGAGUUUGAAGUGGGGGAAGGAAGAGGAGCCGUCGCAGCCCCAAGCAGCAUGGACACAGCGAGAGACUAAAGCCUGUUGAAGAUGUCCAGGAGACCUCCGAGCAGACGCGGUAUUACAUUCGAGGUGGGCGCUAGGCUGGAAGCACGUGACAGGCUGAAAAAGUGGUACACGGCACACAUAGAGAAGAUUGAUUAUGAAGAGGGAAAGGUGCUGAUUCAUUUCAAACGCUGGAAUCACCGAUACGACGAAUGGUUCAGCUGGGACAGCGUGUACUUACGGCCUUUAGAGAGGCCACUUCUGCGGAAGGAAGGGGCAAAGCUGGACGAGCCAACUGUGGAGUUCCGUCCUGGUGAGCAAGUGUUGGCCUGCUGGUCUGACUGUCGCUUCUACCCAGCGAAGGUUGUUUCGGUCAACAAGGAUGCUUCUUAUACAGUGGAAUUCUAUGAUGGAGUCGUUCAAACUGUGAAGAAAAUCCAUGUCAAAUCUGUUCCAAAGAGCUCCAGGGAGAAGAAUGCGGCAAGUGGGAGGAAUAAAGAAAAUGGUUCCAGCAGCGCCAGGCGAAGGGAGAGAUUGCGCGAGAGGACCUCCUCAUCCCUCAUCGAUGAGCAAGUUAGGGAGAACAAGAUUGUGGAGAAGAAGGAGGAAGAGGCAAAGCCAGUGCAGCAGGAAGUGGAGCAAAAGACUUUGCAUGAAGCCUCCCAGGAACAGGCCACGCAACUGAAGAGUUCGCCGGAGACGUCGCCGCAGAAGAGCUCACCAACUUCCAGUGAAUUGGGCAAACCCGAGGAGAAAAGGAAACGUGGGCGACCCCCGUCUGUAGGACUUGCAGGUAGUCAUUCGAAGGGGGCUGCUUGUCAGAAGGAUCGCAGACUGCUUCCAUCACGCCAAGGGGGUUCGGGAUCCGGAAAGAGAAAGUCUGCCUCCGAGGUCCCCUUCCAGCCGAAGCAAACGAGGCACAGGAAGAGCUCGGCUUGUGGGACAGAAGUAACUCAAGUCAUCUCAGUAGUGAUCGAGCCUUCUGAUGCCAUUGACUGUGUUCGUGGAGGCCAAAAGCAGCCCACGGGUGAUCAAGGACAGAGCCAGAACAGAAGACGGUCUUUACGCCUAGCCUGUGGAGACAGCAACUCAUCAAUCAGUGGGUCGCUGACCAAUGGAGCAGAAACUCAGAGCAGAACCAAGGACCAGGAAAAGGUUGAGGAAGCAAGCUCUGAACCCCCUGCCCAGGUACAGCCACCUGCCUCUGCCAAAGCCAAGUGUUCCUCAGACACCACCUCCAACACUUCAGUGCCCAAGAGCAUUGCCAGCCCCAAACACCAAACCGAUGAAGCAGUGAAGCUGGAGACCCCCACGCCGAUCUCGGAGCCAAAGGAUCCUCCCAAAGAAGCUGCUCCUGUUGUGAAACGUGUGCCACGAUCCCAGAACCCAAACAGAUACAGUAGGGAACCCUUGACGAACAGCACCCAGAAUCCCGAGAGCCACCUGCCGCCCAAGGCGUUGAUCAUCGAGCUGGACCACAACAAGUUUAAGUGCAAGAUUCCCGAGUGCUCAAAAGCCUUCCGCAAAGCCAAGAUGCUGCACUACCACAUGAAGUAUUACCACGGCAUGGAAAAAGCGGAGCCGGAGCAGAGCUCCCCCAAGAGGAGCAUGCAGACGCGAGGUUCCUGUGCCUCAGAGGCAGAAUUCCUCCUGGACAGUCCCAAGAGACGCCGCACCACCUCAGGUUCUUCACAAUGGUCCCAGAAUGCGUCUCAUCGGGACUCACAGCACUCCAGCGCUGACCUCAAAGCUGCAAAGCUCAAUGAUAAGCGACGGAUAUCAGCUCCAUCCUCUCUCGACAUAGCUGCACAGUCUAGGCUGUCCGUCCGUGAGAAAAGCAAGGACAACCAGACAGAGAGGUCUCAUCGGAAACUGCAAGACCGGGAAAGGGGCUUCACGGAAAGCGGAACGCGAGAGAGGAACAAGGAGAAAAAGAUUCGAGAUUUCCUAAAGGUAAAGCUGAAGAAGAAGAAGAAGAAGAAAAAGAAGUUGAAAUCUGAGUUUUCUGGCAGUGAAGAGAACAUAGAUGUCUCCAGAGAUUUCCCACCUAAAAAAUCCACAUUCCCUUCUACCAGAUCUUCCUCCUCUUACAAAUUUCCCUUCUCCCAUAAAUACACAUCUUUACGCAGUUCUGACACUGGAUACUACAUGGAAGGACUGAAAUUUGACGAUAUUUCAGAUGAUGACCCAACAAGUGACUCUUCGACGGACAGUCUCCUCUGGAGUGAAGACGAGUACAAUCAGGACGUGGAUGUGACCACCAACCCCGACGAGACAGGGGAUGGGGACGACAGUCAAUUAGAAAUUGUGCGCUGCGUCUGUGAGGUGGAGGAAGAAAAUGAGUUCAUGAUUCAGUGUGAGGAUUGUUUGUGCUGGCAGCAUGGUGUCUGCAUGGGCUUACUGGAGGAUAGCGUGCCAGAAACCUAUACUUGCUACAUCUGUCGUGAUCCACCAGAUCAACGUUUGAGUUCCAGGUACUGGUACGACAAGGAAUGGCUAAGCAACGGCCACAUGCACGGCCUCACCUUUCUGAAAGAGAAUUAUUCCCACCAGAACAGCGGGAAGAUAGUUUCGACGCAUCAGCUGCUGGGAGAUGUGCACAAGGUGAUUGAGGUACUGCAUGGGCUGCAGUUGAAGAUAUACAUCCUACAGAAUAAAGACCAACCAGACCUGAAGCUCUGGUGUAAGCCCUGGAGAGUUUCCUCAGCCACCAUUGAAAAGCUGCGGGAGAGGCAGAGCGCGCCCAGUGAAGACAGCAACAGCGGGGUGAGCGCCAGCGUGCAGUGCAGGGCGCAGAAUGGCACAGCCGAGCGGCAGAGCAGAGCCCCUCUGAUAGAGGAGUCCUACAUCACCAACGAACACUGUUACCAAAAGCCUCGUGCCUACUACCCAGCUGCCGAGCAGCGGCUUGUGGUGGAGACCAGGAACUCCACCUUGGACGAAGGGAUUGGGCGGAUGCGGGAGAACGGGGACGAGACGCUGGCGGAGAGGUUCGGGCGCAAUAUCGACGACGAUUCAGGAAAGUCAGACCUCGAUCUUCGCCGAGAGCAAGCCAGUCGCUGCAAGGUCCACGGCAGCGGCGGUGACAUGUCUCCCGAGGCAGAGCAGGAGGAGGAAAGCUGUGAUUUGAAGGAAGGCGAGGAAGAGGGCGCCAGUGACCCCCAGCUGCAGUGGCAGGACAACUUGCUGACGCAUGUCGAGUCGUUACAGGAUGAGGUCUGUCAUCGGAUGGACUUCAUUGAGAAAGAGCUGGAUGUUCUGGAGAGUUGGCUGGACUACUCUGGUGAGCUGGAGCCUCCCGACCCACUGACCCGAUUGCCCCAGCUCAAGCACCGGAUGAAGCAGCUCCUUACAGACCUGGGCAAGGUGCAGCAGAUUGUUUCCUGCUGUCCUGUAUGAGACGCAUCAAACACCCAAAGGACCUUUGACCGCAGGAUGUUGAGACAAGGAGACGACCGCUCAUUCUAACAGCAGAAAUAGCGUGGAUGAAAUACCGGGUGAAGGUGACUGGGCCUCGUAUGCUACUGCAAUGAAUCUGGACUCGAGUUUCUGUUCUUUCUUUCUUGAUAACGUUUUUUUUGUCCGUUCUUGGGCCUUUUUGGGGAGCCUCUUGCUUGGCCUUAGGAGAGGAGGUCGCUCAGCCCUGACAGUGAUCCUUCUCUGUUACAGUGGAGGGAAAGGACAUGCCAAAUUCUUCAACUGUCUACACAUCUCCUGCUUGCUUUGGGUCGAUUGGAACGCUGCAGUGUUUGAACAUUUUAAGAGCACGAGUCACCAUCCAGACAUUUUAGAGGCAGAGAGAGAGAGAAAAAAAAACCCACAGCAUUGCAAAGAAUUAUUAGCUUAUUUAAAAUUCCCACGUUGACUCAUCUUUGUCUUGUUCCUUUUUUUGUUGAAGGGAAAGCAUCGUAAUUUUUUGUUCGACCAGUUCAGGGUGGGUUUCUGAGCGCAGACAGGAGAACUAACUGGGAGGAUUUACUGAGCCAAUGCCAGGGAACUAAUGUGUGGAACGCUGGGACUGACUGACUGACUUACCUCAACACUUUGGAUUUGUUGAUGCAAUCUGUAAUUUGUUAAUUCAGUCCUCAAAAGGGCACAGAAUCUUAACUCCCUCAAGCAGUCUCUCCCAUUUGCGUCGUUUCCUUCAUGGCCUUGAGGACGAAGGUUGAGGGUGGAUUUUAACACUGUAAAUGAAUGAGUUUUGAGUGAGUUAAUGUCUCGUCUAUGUGUC